AUGCCGUCCGUGAAAGAAGGCCGAGUCGAGAAAUUUAAAGCCAAAACACCGCGAACCACAACCCGACGCGUGUCCAGCAAAAUCCCACUGGUUGAACAGACCAACGCAUUAUCUAUUAGCGACUUCGUCGCCCAAUACGUGACUCCACCGACGCAAGUAGGAGAUUCAGCUGAAAAUGAUGCGAUUGAUCAACUACAUCCAUCUCAAGAUCAGCCACAGCAGGAUAUGAUCCCCAUGUCGCUCAUGGAUGUCUACUCUGCGGCAACUAUCCCCGCGGCUGAUCUGGAAGCAUGUCUGGAUCUGAUCGAGCAAACCUCAAGUCAAGCCUACAUGGCGUCGAACGCAGGCUGGUCACGUACCAAGAAGCGGAAGGAGAUGAAGUUGCCAGAUAUGAAGUAUUUGAUUUUGCGGGACGCGCCGAAUGAUAAUAGUGAUCCUAGUGGGCGAGUUCCGAGAGAGAAGCAGCGGGAUAUUGCCGACAACAAUGCUCCGUCUCCACCCCCGAAGGAACGCGAGGAAUCUAUUUCAUCGCCUGAUACUGUUUCUGGGAACGUGCUUGGCUUUUUAUCAUUUAUGGUCACAUACGAGGACGGAAAAGAGGUUGUUUACUGCUACGAGAUUCACUUGUCGCCGACGGCCCGGGGACGGGGCGUCGGGAGGUUGCUUAUUGGUCGGAUGGAGGCGAUCGCUGGUGCUGUCGGCUUGGAGAAGUCUAUGCUGACGGUUUUCAAGUCGAAUGAAAUUGCUCGGCGGUUCUAUGAGCGGCUUGGUUAUGAGGUUGAUGAGUAUUCGCCCCGACCGCGCAAGUUGCGCAACGGGACUAUAAAGGAUGUUGACUAUUUGAUCUUGUCGAAAAUUUUGAAAUUAUAA